AAAAUUUAAUUCAGUAAUUCAAUAAGUUCGGUGUGGAAAUAAAUACAAUUUUUUUUUUCGCUCGUCGCGGAAUAACCGCAAAAAAUUCAUUAAGUUAAAAGUAAAGGUAUAUCGCAAGGAUCUACCUUUAAGAUCCACGUAUCGAAUUUAUAGCAUACAAAUAUGCCCUCCACUCUAAGACUGAAAGAAAAAAAUCUAUGUGGAUUGUCCUGCUGGCAUCCAGAAUGGAUGCAAAGAUAUGCAAACGCUAAAUGGUUUAUGGCUGUUUACAGUCUUUUGGGAACCAUUCAAGCCAUGUCCUAUAUGUAUUUUGUAGUGACGCUAACAACAAUCGAAAGACGUUUCAAAAUUCCCAGUCAAACUACAGGAAUCAUUCUGAGUGGUAAUGAAAUUUCUCAGAUAAUGCUAUCACUGAUUUUAUCGUAUGUUGGUGGCCAACGCAAUCGACCCGCCUGGAUAGCUUGGGGAAUGGUUUUUUGUGGAAUAUCAUGUUUUAUCCUUGCACUUCCUCACUUAAUUUACGGUGCUGGAGAGGAUGCCUAUCAUCUGACCCAAGAAUAUUUGGAUAGCUUGGAUCUGGGCAAUACCACAAGUUUGCUUUCAGUUAAGUCAAGUAUAAAGGACUCACAGCAGUUAUGUGGAGCCAAUCCAGAUGACAAGGAAUGCGAUCAGUUGUUUUCGAUUGUUCCUUUGGUUUUGAUAUUUUUGUCCCAAUUUGUUCUUGGAAUUGGUAAUACCCUUUAUUAUUCUCUGGGGCAACCCUAUUUGGAUGAUAACACAAAGAAGACCAAUACUCCUUGGAUGCUUGCUGUGGCCAUGUCACUCAGAAUGAUUGGACCAAUAUUUGGAUUUAUGUUAGGAUACUUAUCACUAAACUUAUUCAUCGAUACUUCUAAAACACCUUUAAUUGAUAAAAAGGAUCCUCGAUGGUUGGGUGCAUGGUGGUUUGGUUGGACAAUAUUGGGAACAAUAAUGUUCCUUUUCUCCGGUUUGAUUGGAUUAUUCCCCAAAGAGUUGCCAAAGAAGAAAGAUAAACAACAAUAUAGUUCUGUGUUACCUCAAGUUUUGAGAACUGAUGAAUUGAUGGUUGACGAUGGUGUACCAAUGGAAAGAAGAAUAUCCUCGAAUGCUGUUUUAGAUAAUCAUUCAGCACCAAAUGCAGAUUUUCCUCAAUUAAAAGACUUCCCAAAAGCCCUAAUGCGUUUACUUCGUAAUAAGCUGCUAAUAUUCAACAUCAUUGCUGGAAUAUUUUACAUUUUGGGUGCUUCCGGCUAUAUGACAUUUUUAAGCAAAUACAUGGAAGUACAAUUCCAUAGAAGUGCCCAAAAUGCUACAAUUAUUGUUGGACCAUUUUCUCUAACUGGCAUGGUUAUGGGUCUAUUACUUUCUGGAUUGAUUAUUUCAAAAUAUAAACCAGCUCCUGGUAAACUUCUUAUGUGGAAUGUUAUUAUUGGAUUUUUAUCAAUUGGUGGUCAAGUAUCGUAUUUGUUUAUAUAUUGCGGUGAUACAGCUUCAUUAAUGGUUGAUGGAAAAUUGGAUCUUGCAAUGGAUUGUAAUAUGAAUUGUUCCUGUGCUCAUGUUUCCUACAGUCCAGUUUGUCAUGUAGAAAGUGAUACUACAUACUUUUCACCCUGUCAUGCUGGAUGUUAUAAUUGGGAUUCAGAAAAUAAGAUCUAUUCGAAUUGUACAUGUUUGGGAGGCUCUGGAAUCUGGACGAAUAACCAAUCAACUACAACUAUAUUGCCACCAACACAGCCCACUACAACCUUAUCAAGCCAAGCGUCUUCCAUACUGGAUGUUCUGACACCUGGGGCCUGCCUUAAAGGAUGUGAAACAGCAUUUUGGACAUUUGCCAUAGCUGCAAUGACUAUAAACUGGUUUGCAUCUUCCGGACGAAUUGGCAACAUUUUAGUUAACUAUCGAGCAGUUGCAGUUGAAGAUAAAUCAUUUGCUCAAGGUUUAGGAUUGAUGUUGCUAAGUUUGUUUGCGCUGAUUCCAGGACCAAUUAUAUUCGGUCGUAUAAUUGAUUCAACUUGUCUGGUUUGGACAAUGCAGUGUGGCCAAAAUGGUAACUGUCAAUUGUAUGAUCAGGAAAGGUUUCGUUAUAUGGUGAACUUGAGUGCAGUUACUUUUACAUCGUUUGGAAUUUUCUUUGAUAUUCUUGUAUGGUAUUAUGGUAGAAGUUUGGACUUUUAUGGUGAGAGAGAAGCGGCAGAGCUUAAGAGGAAAAAUAAGCAAGUGACACCAUUAAUGUCAAGGGCAACGUAGUGCCUAUACUAUAGUAAUUAUAGUUUCAAUGAAACUGGUGUUGAAUGUUACUUUUUUUUUAAGAAAAAAAGAAAUUAAGUUUCGAUAUUUUGAUAGUUUUUAAGUAGUUGAAUAAAAGUGUUUGUUUACAAAUAAUAAAAUGUAUGAUUUUUCGUA